AUGCGUCUCGAGGCCAUCUUCCUUACCUUCGCAAGCCUAGCUGUCGCCUCCGCCGUGCCUGUCUUGCAGGAAUAUCCUGCAGUCCCAAUGCCUACGCCCACUAAGCCUGUUAUCGCAUCCUCUUCGGCAGCCUAUUCAUCCCCUUCAGCAUCGAUUUCUGCGCCAGUGGUUCCCGUCGGCCCUUACUCCUGCCCACAGAAACAGUACAAACAGUGCUGCCAGUCCCUGGCGCAGACCUCGCACGAUAUCAUCAAACCAUUGGGUGAACUUGUGCCUAUUCUUGGAGGCAUCCAGAUAAGUUCGGCAGUGUCAUUCCAAUGCCGGAAUAUGCGACCAAACGAGCCGCCGGAAGAGUGCGAUGAACCCGAAUACAGGCCCAUGUGCUGCUCUGCUGAGAACACGGGAGCCGUCAAUUCGUGCAAACUGUUCGAGAAAGCAAAGGAAGACUACUACCGCUCCUUCGGAUUUGGGGAAGAGGACCAGGUCGAGUUGAUCAAUGACGUUCUCACAUAA